UGGACGGUUAUUUGAUUCACACACGCCCGCAAUUAUUCACCUCAAUUUUACCACUGUGUAAUAAAUAUUAAACUAUCAGGAAAAUACAAAUCGCUAUUAAAGCUCCCCUACACGAAAUAAUUUCCAUUCUAGUACGAACACACGUGAGGCUCGGAAGCCUUUGUUUUUGCUGUGAAGACAAUUUCUUAUCCGGUAUCAAGUAGUAUGGAAGACCUCAGUUUUUUACCGGAACUCCCUACUGGGCCCCUGGAUGUGUACAGAAAUAGUUCUUCAUUUAACUGGAAACGUCUUAAAUUGGCUCUUGAAGGAGAUCUUGAAUUACUGAAACUUAAGUACAAGAUAUGGCGAAUCUUAGAGAAGGAUCCGUUGUUUGCACACAGCCCAGUGACUCCACCCGUGGAGGAACAGAAGAGGAUCACUCAGCUGCAGUUGAAAAAGAUAAAUGAAUACAAGUUCAUACCUAAGGAAAUGUUCAAUGCUAGCUAUAGCAAACGGACGCGAACAAUAAUGACAAUCAAUGAAGCGGUGCAGUGCCUAAAUCCAAGCGUGUCUGUCAAAAUGGCCAUCGGUAUCUACCUGUUCUCAAACGCCCUACUGUCACUUGGCACGGAGCGACAUCUCAAGUUCUACGAAGCCACAAUUAAGCACAGAGAGAUCCUGGCGAGCUUUUCUCUGACGGAGAUCGCGCACGGCUCGGACGCGCGGCUCAUGCGCACGACGGCCACGUACGACCCCAGUCGGAAGGAGUUCGUCAUACACACGCCGGACUUCGAGGCCGCUAAAUGCUGGGUUGGUAAUCUAGGUAGAACGUGUACCCACACACUGCUGUUCGCCCAACUGAUCACACCGGACGGUACCAACCAUGGGCUGCACGGCUUCGUCGUGCCCAUACGAAAUCCAGACACCUUGGAGACGUACCCUGGGCUUAUCGUGGGCGACAUGGGCGAGAAAAUUGGCGUUAACGGCAUUGACAAUGGAUUCAUAAUGUUCAACCAAUACCGAAUACCGCGAGAGAAUCUCCUCAACAGAACGGCAGACGUCACAGAAGAUGGGACAUAUGAAAGCUCGUUCUCAGAACCUUCUAGAAUACUUGGGGCCGCCUUGGAAAAUUUGUCUGCGGGCAGGAUCGGCAUAAUGCAGGAGAGCUGCAGCUCGCUGGCGAGUGCGGUGACGAUCGCCGUGCGCUACGCGGCCACGCGCACGCAGUUCGGCGAGCGCGACCACGAGACGCCGCUUAUCGAGUACGAGUUACAUCAAUGGCGUCUGUUCGGCUACGUGUCGGCGGCCGUAGUGUUCCGUCUGUACAUAGACUCCUUCACGCACACAUACCUCAGUAUCGUGGAGAAGUCCAACGCUGGACAUCGAGUCGACAAUUUGAGUGAAGCGGUAUCGGAAAUCCACGCGAUGGUGUCCAGCAGCAAACCGCUGUUGACGUGGACUACGCUUAAAGCAGCGCAACAAUGCAGAGAGGCGUGCGGGGGACACGGAUAUCUUAAGUGCGCAAAUCUAGGCGAUAUAAGAAGUAACCAUGAGCCGACGGUGACGUAUGAAGGCGACAACAACGUCCUGUCGCAGCAGGCCGGCAACUGGCUGCUGCGGCAGUAUGAAGCGGCUAUAGCCGGCAACGCGGUCGACUCGCCGCUGGGCACUGUGGCCUUCCUGAAGGACUUGAGGACGAUAAAGGACAGGACCUUCAGUUGUACCAGCACGAAGGAAUUGAAAAAUCCACAGUUUAUAAUAUCCACAUACAAAUGGCUAAUAUGCUGGCUUUUAAAAUACACGCACGAAAAGAACGAAGCAAACCUUUCACAAGGUCUCACAAAAGUGCAGGCGAGAACCAAAGCCCAAGUCUACCGAUGGAAGACCCUAACCAAAGUUUACGCUGAAUACUUAGCACUGAUAUACUGUUUGGAAACCAUAGACAAGAAAGAACGGGAGUUGCAACCUAUGUUGAUGAAGCUGUUUUGUUUGUACGGUCUAUGGUCGUUGGAUGAGAAUUUAGUGGAGUUGUACCAAGGGGGGUUCGCGAAAGGGGAGGAUUGUGCGCGAUUGGUGAGGGACUCAGUGUUGGAACUUUGUGGGGAGGUGAAGAAUGAAAUCGUCAGUGUGGCGGACGCGCUUUCGCCAACGGACUUUGUUCUGAACUCCGUGCUAGCGAAGAGCGAUGGAAAGUUGUACCAGAAUCUCCAAAAGGCGUUCUUCAGUCAACCGGGCGUUUUCGAAAGGACGCCCUGGUGGCGUGACGUAGUGCCGUCAUCCAAAUUGUAAGACACAUGACACCAAAAA